AUGUCUGCCACGAUGUGUCACGGUAUCCCGACAGCAAUCCUUCUGUUCAUUAUGGUUUCGGUUGGUGAGGCUAUUUGGCUAGACGUGCCUCCCACGGGGAUGAAGUGUGUGUCUGAAGAAAUACAGAGCAAUGUCGUUGUCUUGGCCGAUUAUAUCAUCAUAUCUGAGGAUCAUUCCACCGUACCUACUAUAUCCGCCAAGGUGACGUCCCCAUACGGAAACAAUCUACACCAUUCGGACAACGUGACCCAUGGGGAAUUUGCAUUUACAACGAAAGAAUCAGGGAACUACAUAGCUUGCUUUUGGGCAGAUGCAAAGAGUCAUGGAAACAAAAAUGUUAGUAUCAACGUUGAAUGGAAAACUGGAAUCGCUGCUAAAGAUUGGGUUUCUAUUGCUAAGAAAGAAAAGCUCGAGGGAGUGGAGCUGGAGAUUAGGAAACUUGAAGGUGCAGUGGAAGCCAUCCAUGAAAAUCUAAUCUACCUAAGAAACAAGGAAGCAGACAUGAGAACAGUGAGUGAGAAAACAAACUCGAGAGUAGCUUGGUGGAGUAUGAUGUCGCUAGGUAUUUGCAUUGUCGUCUCUGGUUUACAAGUAGCCUACUUGAAGCAUUACUUUGAGAAGAAGAAACUCAUCUAAGCUUUUUUGACUCAUCAACUUCCUUAUAAGAGUUUUCUAAUUAAUUAAAGGAACAAUAUUCAUUUCCUCUCCUUUUUUUUUUUGUUUACAUUUUUU